AAUUAAAUGUCGCCUAUCCAAAAAAUAACCUAAAUUCGCAAGUAUGAACUCGAAAUUAAGAAAAUUUUAAACUUAUUAACACGGGAAUUUAUCGGGGUCUGAUUGAAAUUCAAAAUUAAAAUGUCCAAAGCCACAACUAUUGCGGAAGCGAUUAGAAGAUGGGAGGAGAAACAUCCGGGAGAAGAUAUAACUGAAGCAGAAGAUGUGGGUUUUCAAUUUCAAUGGCCGCCCAUAGAAAAAAUGGAUAAUACUCUUGCAACUUUGGUAAAUUGUAAGAAACUGAGCCUUUCCACAAACAUGAUCGAGAAAAUUUCAGGACUAAAUGGGAUGAAAAAUUUAAAAAUUCUUUCUUUGGCUAGAAACAACAUCAAGUCAUUAUCAGGUUUGGAUACAGUCGCUGAUACGCUAGAACAACUAUGGAUAUCUUACAAUAUAAUCGAAAAAACGAAGGGAAUCGGCGUUUUGAAAAAACUAAAAGUUUUGUACAUCGGAAAUAACAAAAUCAAAGAUUGGUGCGAGUUUGCUAAUUUUCAGGAAUGUACUGAGUUAGAAGAUUUCUUGUUUGUUGGUAAUCCGUUGUAUGAAAGCACUGAUGAGUGCGUUUACAAAGCGGAAGUUAAGAAGAGAAUGCUUAAUUUGAAAACUUUGGACGGACAACCUGUAUCUAGAGAUGAAUAAUACUAUAAAUAAAAUUUUUGGUGCAUUUU